AUGAAAGAAGAAAUCAAAGAAGGCAGCAUGAGAGCUGGGGAUCGUUUGCUGUUAGUAAACGGUGUUAACAUUUCCUGGCUUUCUUUGAUGGAAGUGGCAAAGAUUCUGAACGAAAAGGAAGAAGCUGUGUUGCUAAUCGAAUACAAUGUUGGAAAUGUGAAUUUGCUUAAACAACCAACCGGUGAAGUUGAGUUGGAAAUAGAAGCUCUGUAUUCAAAGCUCGGUGUUAGUUUAGCCUCUUCAGUCACGAAUCCUUCCAAAAUAUGCAUUGACCAAAUUCAACGUGGAAGCAUUGCUGAAAGGUGUGGAGCAUUUCACGUUGGGGAUAUUAUUUUGUCUGUUAAUGGCACAGAUAUAGCCUCGUUAACAGAAACAAAAGUCAACGCUUUGAUCCAACGCCUUAGGAAGCAUCCUGGAAAAAUGCUUUAUUUCCCCGUAGAAGAAAGCAGCAGACAGUGGAAUGAAAACAUUCCAAGUGGUGAAAGUAUAAAUAUCUCUUCAGAUGCUUGUAAGAAUCUGAGUGCUGAGGAAAAUAUUUUGCACCCAAGCAGAUGUUCAGGUGUGUGUAGUAAUAUAUCUGUAGCGCAGAGGAGUGCGGAUCAAAGCAAAACUACAAGUUUUAUUUCUCUCUUGCAUGAUGGGGUUAAAACCUUGAAAACCAUAAAAUCGUCUCUAUCACAGCUUGCUAUCAAAACUGCAAAUAAUAGAGAAAUUGCAUGCGAAUCUCGAGCAUGUGGCAUUGAACCAGAAUUGUGCCUACAUCUGGAAAGCGAAUUGCUAAAUUUGAAUUCACUAUGCGCUCGAACAUUUCAUAAUUUUCGAGACAUGGUUCUACAAUUGGUAACUCAUUCUAGUUGUUGUAACGACAAUUUUUCAUUUAAAAUUGAUUUGAUAAAACAUCGGUGCUUAAGACAUGAAGUAAUUAACACUUUAAAAGACAAUCUAGCUGAUAUAUUAGAAAAUAAAGCAAUAUCUAAGCAGUCAUUUGAUAUUCAAAUGAGAGGCCUUUCGGAAGUGGAUUUGAAUUGUCAUAAAUGUAGUGAGACAGUUCUGUUUAUCUUUGCUGUUGUCCAGAAAAUACUUCUUGUGCUGUCCCUUAAAGAUGAGUCUUCCUAUAUAUGGAAAAUAAUUAAAGUCUUAGUAUGUAGUUUAAAUGAGCAUAAAAUUCCUUGUGAAGUUUGUUCAAAUCGCCAGUAUUCCUUAGUUUCUGUCAGCGAAGGAAAUGGAAGUAUAGAGGGUGAUUAUCAUAACGCCACUUUCCAUCCUAGACGCUUAGGCCCUGAGAACCCUAGAAGACAAUCCAGCAUUCCAGGGAAGGAAUUCAAUGCACUUGUUCAAGAAAUUUCUGCAGAGGUUCAAUGUAUGCCAUCUGUUGAUAUAAAUUUAAAGGACAAAAGAGCACAUUUUUAUACUUCAGAACUACAGAAAGAAACUAAUACAUUAAGGAAUUGUAUAGGGGAGACAAAUGGCAAAAUGUUUCCGUCUAAAACAACGAAGGUUAGACCAGCUAAUCACAAUUCACCAACUGAAAAACUCACUGUAUCUAAUUCUGAACCUUCUCAUCCGUAUGAAGACAGUUCACAUAUAAAUGCUAAUUCAAAGAAUUAUGCUGUACAGCAGGAAAAGAAACUACAAGAAGACAAAGGCUUUGUUGCUUUACCUGAAACAGAUAUAGAGCCUACAAAUACCGAUUUCCUUUUGAAAACGAAAUUCCCGCAAAACAAAUUGUUAAGUCGAUGCAAUACUUCCACGAUUGCCAAGAAUGACAGUGGUCGAAAUUCGUCAGAUAUCAAGAGUAAUCCACAGGUUUCUGCUUCACAAGGCUCAUCUCCAAGCGCACCGAUAUUAACGAAAGAAAAUUGGAGAUCUAAUGACAAUGUUUUUUUAGAAGUAUCAACCCGAGAGAGCAGAAGACAUCCUGAAGUAUUAGACGUGAAACUAAUUAACAGAGGUGAAGGUUUCGGAUUCACCAUCGGCUAUACUAAAUCUCGCUAUGUGCCGGUGAUUACUGCAGUCAAAGAAAAGAGCCCGGUUCAUAG